GACUGAGCUCCACGCUCUUGUCUUUAUACUCAAGAAUACAUUUUGUAAAUCACGCAAACCACUCUGAUUGUUUUUGUAAAAUACAUAAGGAGAGUGUGAAAAUUCCUAAUAUAGUGUUCCCCUGUUUAUUUAUUUUUUUUCCUUUUUCUGAACCCAUUUAAUGUGGGAUAUAAAGCAGCGACUUGCUUAGGUUUUGGGAUUAAAAGAAAAACAUCAACUUUUUACUGUUCUCAUCUUCUUCUCUGUUCUACCCACAAGUCUCAUAGAGUCAGUCUGACCAUAAAAGAUGAAGAAAAUGGUGGUGACGAUCUGUGUGUACGAUGAGGGAUCAAGGGAGAAAGUGAUGCGUACUGUUGCUAGCUGUUCAGGAAUUACUGCUAUAACCAUUGAUCCGAUGGAAGGAAAAUUAACUGUGAUCGGGAAGCUUGAUGAGAUGCAGAUUCUCAAAAAACUCAAACGGAGAUGGCAUAGUGCAAAAAUGGUGAGUUUUGGCCCGUUCGAUGCAAAGAAAGAAGCAGAAGCAGCUGCAGCGGCGGAGAAGAAGAAGAAGGAAGAGAGUGAACGUGAACGUGAAAGAAUGGAAGCUCUAUACCGGCCUAUUUGUCCUAUUCACCAUCAUCACAGCACUAUCGUGUAUGAUCAUGAUCACCACGGCUGUAUAAUCUCCUAAGGGUUUAGGGAAAGAAAACAAAAGGGAAAAUGGUGAUUUUAGUUGUGUUAACUUAAGGAUUCAUACCUACCUUCUACGUCUACAUUUUAAAGUUGUGUUAACUUAAGGAUUCAUAGUUAACUUCUGUGUCUACUUCAC